AUGCUGCAAAAAGGGGAGUGGGUGUGGGUGGACUCUGACAUCGGGGUCCCCAUCGGAGCCAGGGUCAAAGUAACACCAGCUGGUCAGCGGCUGCUGGUGGAUGAUGAGGGAAAGGAGACGAGUCUGUCCCCAGAGCAGGAGUCCACUCUCAAGGUCAUGCACCCUACGUCAGUGGAGGGUGUAGGCGACAUGAUCAAACUGGGGGACAUGACCGACGCCGGGCUCCUCCGAAACCUGUUGCUGCGACACAGACAAGGAAUCUUCUAUACCUACACAGGUUCGGUACUGGUUGCAGUGAACCCAUACCAGGAUUUUCCAAUAUACUCAGCUGAGCAGGUGAAGUUGUACCAUGGACAGAAGCUCGGGGAACUCCCGCCACACAUUUUUGCCAUCGCUGAAUCCUGCUACUUCAACAUUACACGGCAUCUCAGGAACCAGUGCUGCAUCAUCAGUGGGGAGUCCGGAGCAGGGAAGACAGAGAGCACCAAGCUGAUCCUGCAGUACCUGGCAGCAGUCAGCGGGGAACUCUCUGAGCAGAGUAUUGAACAACAGAUUCUGGAGUCCAACCCAAUACUGGAAGCUUUUGGAAACGCAAAAACAAUCCACAAUGACAACUCCAGUCGUUUUGGGAAAUAUUUGGAGAUCUUCUUUGACGAGGAAGGAGUGAUCAAGGGUGCCCGUGUGGAGCAGUAUCUCCUGGAGAAGUCUCGUGUCUGCCAUCAGGCACGGGGGGAGAGAAACUACCACAUAUUUUAUUGCUUGCUGACAGGAAUCGCUGCAGAGGAGAAGAAAACUCUGAGGCUUGGAAAUGCUAAGGACUACAAAUUCCUCAAUAAGGGCGACUGUUUCACAUGUGCGAGUAGAGAUGAGGAAAAAGACUACAGUCGUAUUCACUCUGCUAUGAAAAUCCUGACCUUCUCCAAAAACCAGUGUGAGGAAAUCCACAAGCUGCUGGCAGCCAUCUUACACCUGGGAAACGUCUGCUUUGAGGGUGCCACUCAAAAUAACCUGGAAACCAGUGAUGUCACCAAGUCGGAACAUUUCAGCAUGGCAGCUUCUCUACUGGAGGUUCAGAUGUCUUCUCUGGCGGAUAGUUUGACCCACCGUUCCUUUAUGACCAACAGGGAGAGGGUGACCAAACCCCUCAGCUCUGAACAGGCCGAACACUGUCGAGACGCCUUCGUCAAGGCUAUCUACAACAAAAUGUUCAUAUGGAUUGUGGAGAAAAUCAACAGUGUCACCUACAAAAGUUCGACCAGUGGCGCCAAUUCUUCCUACCAUUCCAUUGGUCUGCUGGACAUCUUUGGCUUUGAGAACUUCCAAACAAACAGUUUUGAGCAGCUGUGCAUUAAUUUUGCCAACGAGAAGCUCCAGCAGUUCUUCGUGGCUCACAUCUUCAAGCUGGAGCAGGAGGAGUAUCUGAAAGAGGACAUUGUGUGGAACAAGAUGAAGUUCAGUGACAAUCAGGACAUCCUGGACCUUCUGGUUGGGAAACCCUGCAACCUGCUGGCUCUGAUCGAUGAGGAGAGCCACUUUCCAAAGGGCUCAGAUUCCACGAUGCUGAACAAGAUGAACCAGCAACACAAGGGGAACAAGACCUACGUCGCCACAAAGAGUGAAUACGACACCAAUUUUGGGAUUCAACACUUUGCAGGGGUGGUUUUCUACGAGUCCGAAGGAUUCCUGGAGAAGAACAGAGAUGCAGUCAGUUUUGACAUAAUAAAGACAGUGGAAAUGUCCACCAAUAAGCUACUUCAUAAGAUAUUUGCGACUGAGCUUUCCACCAAUGGGACCAAGAUUACAAACAACAAAAGGGUCAUCAUGACACCCGGGAACUCUGUGCGGGCCCAGUCUGACAAACGCAAACAAGUGCCCACGCUGAGCGGCCAGUUCCGUCAGUCUCUUGACUCCCUCAUGAAGGCUCUGUCAGCCUGUCAGCCUUUCUUCAUCCGCUGCUUCAAACCCAACAAUAGCAAGAAGUCUAAGAUGUUUGACAGAGAGCUGUGUAUGCGUCAGCUGAGAUAUUCCGGCAUGAUGGACACCAUCCACAUCCGGAAUCUGGGAUAUCCAAUCCGCCACACCUUUGAUGAAUUUGUGAAGCGCUACAGGGUGCUGCUGAAGACGGCCGGCUGUGAUACCAAAAAUGAGACAGCUGCUGCUCGUUGUGAUGCCAUCUGCAAGACAGUGAUUGAAGGGAAGGACAAGUGGAAAAUAGGCAGGACCAAGAUUUUCCUGAAGGAUGCCCAUGAUGCCAUCCUGGAACGAAUGAGGGAAAAAGAGCUCAGCAGGAUAGCUCUGAUUAUCCAGAGGGUCAUGCGCGGACUCAAAGACAGAAAGUCCUAUCUGAAGAAGCGACAGGCAGCUGUGGUGUUGCAGAAGCGUUGGAGGGCUUACAGAGCAGAGAAACUCAAGCACGGCUAUGAACGGCUGGCAUCAGUGAUCCGUAGUCGGAAACUCCGGUUACAGUUCCAAAGACAAAGUGCAGCAGCGCUCACCAUACAAACACAGGUGCGAGGCUUCCAGAAGAGGAAGAGCUGGAAGCAAAAAAGAGAGGCAGUCAUUCUGCUGCAGACUCAAACCAGAAAAGUCCUGGCCAGAAGAACAGUUCAGAAAAUGAGGGAUGAUGCCUUCUCUGCAGAGAAAGAGAGCUUGGACCAAUUAGCCUUAGCCCUUCAGCUGGGACUGGCAGACCUUGCCUCUGCAACGCAGUCAGCUGACGAGGAGCUAGAGCAGGAGCUGAAGUCAGAGUCAGAGUCAGAGUCGGCACAUGAGACUGAGUCGGUUACUGAACAGGGCUCAGAGGCAAACGCAUAUGAUUUUCAGCCUGCACCUGCUGUGGAAGUGGUGCAAACAAAAGCAUUCGAAUCAGACGAGUUUGAGAAGUUACGGACCAUACAAGAGCCAGCAGAGGAAAUCUCUUUCGAAACCCCAGGGUCGGAUUUGAAAAGUACCGCUCGGUUAUCGGCCCCCGCUACCCCACCAGUGGAAGAAGAGGAUGACGACUUCGAUGACGAAAGCGACGAGUUUUCAUUAUUCAGAUUCAGCAUCCUUCACUUCCAGAGCAACAUCUCUCACACGCACAUCAACCAGAGACUCAAGCAGCCCCUUCUGCCCCAUGAUGAUGAGGGCGAUGCGCUGGCCUGUCUGACUGUGUGGUGGAUUAUUCUUCGUUUCAUGGGGGACAUACCAGAGCCCAAAUCUCUGGAUGCAACAUCUCAAGCGUCCAGCACCCUCGUGAACCGUCUGCCUCCAAGGCAGGGCCGGAGGCUGAGCAGCCUGGUGGGACUUGACCAGAAAAUACUGAGGAAGAACAAGAAGAAGCUUGGAGCUGCCAGCAGGAGAGCGUCAACCAUCCUUGAGGAGCCAGAGAACGUGACGGAAGACGGGGACAUUUUGAUUGGAGAAGGUCCAACAUUGGAUCGGCCACUGUCAGCACUAGAAAAACUGCACAUCAUCGUUGGAUAUGCUCUGACCAGACGAGACAUACGAGAUGAGAUUUACUGCCAGAUCUGUAAGCAGCUGGUGGGCAACAACAACAGGAAGAGCCGUAUGCUAGGCUGGAACCUCCUCUCCAUCUGUCUCGGGAUCUUCCCUCCGACAGACCUGUUUGUGAAGUUUUUGAGGAAGUUUGUCUGCAGGGGGCCGGAUGGAUAUGGAGCAUAUUGUACCGAGCGCCUGCGUCGUAUAUUAGCCAACGGAGAAAGGCAAGAGUUGCCCUGUUUGAUAGAGCUACAGGCUGCCAAGUCCAAGAAGCCCUUAGAUGUGUCUGUGACUCUAAUGGACGGCCACAGUAUCAGUGUUCAUAUGGAAUCAGCCUCCACCUCUGCUGAAAUCUGUCAAGCUGUGGCUCGAGAGAUGGGUCUCAAAGACACCUAUGGAUUCUCCUUGUACAUCAGCUUCUAUGAAAAGAUGUGGUCUUUGGGCAGCUGUGAGAAGCAUGUGUUGGAUGCGGUAUCUCAGUGUGAGCAAGAGAUGAGGAGGCAAGGCAAAGAGGAGAAGGACACCCCCUGGAGUCUCUCCAUCCGCAAGGAACUGUUCACACCGUGGCACGAAUGCUCGAAGGACGAUAUUAGCACAGAUCUGAUUUACAGGCAGGUCAUCAAGGAAAUCAAGUCGGGAGAGUACGUCAGUGAGAAGGAGGAUGAAUAUGUCCAAUUGGCAGCUAAGCACUAUUACAUCCAGUUUGGCUCUGAGCACAGCAGAGAGAACGCCCACAGGGUGGUGGAGGGGUGCAUCACCACACCACUGAUUGAGAACAAAUCCAUGGGGAAAUGGAUCCAACUCAUCAGUGCAGCACAUUUAGAGGGUCCUUAUGUCAACGGGAAACAGACCAAAGAAAGUGUUAAAGGGGCGUUGGUCGACAGUGCCCGGGAGAAAUGGCCGCUGCACUUCUCCAAGUUUUAUGAAGUUACAAUGUUGUCAGGACCUCCUUUGGCCAAAAGCAAGUUUGUUGUGGCCGUAAACUGGAAAGGCAUCUUCUUCAUUGAUGAAAGAGAAAAGAGACUCGUUGAGCUUUCUUACCUGGACGUGAAGGACGUAAACACAAUGAAGUAUGGUGCCCCAUCAGUGAGUUUGUCCACAAUCCAAGGAGACUUUGUCCUGAGGUGUGCAGAGGCUUUGGACAUGGGUGCACUUAUAGAAAGGAACCUGGAGGGGUUGAGGCAGCGCUCGGUGUACGCUCUGGCUCAGCAGGACAUCAACGGACCAGAUGACCCCAUGGUGCUCGACUGUAAACGUGGCGACCUUCUGCAUGUAGAAAAAGAUGAAUAUUAUUCUCUUAAAGAAACCUGGCUCAGAGCAACUAACCAGCGGACCGGCGGCAGCGUUAGAGCCCACAGGGACUCAGUGCAGUUUCUGCCAACUCUCACAAGGCCGACUGAAGAGACGCUGGAACUGCUCAGUCCAGGCCAGAAGAAACGUUCAGCUGCACAAAGCGCUCCGCAGAGAGAUGAAACCGUGGCUCCUGUCUCAUUGAAAGAGUUUGCACUUGAGAACUUCAGGACUGUUGGGAAAGACCCGGGUCGUCAGGGUCAAUACAGAGGUUUAAGUAGAGAGAAACUGUGGGCCUAUUCCAGAGAACCUCUCAAGCAGCCGCUGAUGAGGGGUCUGGUCCGCAACUCUGAACUCAGCUCCCUAGCCUGCAACGCCUCCAUCUCUAUCCUGAAGUAUAUGGGUGACUACCCCGUUAAACAUGCCCGCAGCUCAGUGGAGCUGACGGACCAGAUCUUUGGUCCGGCGACGCAGUAUGAGGACCUGAAGGAUGAGAUCUACUGCCAGAUUAUGAGACAGAUGACCGGCAACAUCAACAGGCUGAGUCUGGAGCGUGGGUGGCAGCUGAUGUGGCUGUGUUCAGGCUUGUUCCCGCCCAGUACGAGUUUGUUGAAACACACUAAGAACUUCCUGGAGUCGCGGCCCAGAGACCCGCUGGCAGAAGUCUGUAUGAAGAGGGUGCAGGCGAUGUGCAGAAAGGAGCCCAGGAAGCUCCCUCCCCAUCAGGUCGAAGUGGACGCCAUUCUACAGAACAGCAACAUGAUCUUCCAUAAAGUCCAUUUUCCAAACGAAACGGAUGAAAUAAUCGAGGUCAAAUCUACAACCUCGAUCAAAGACCUGUGCUGCAGUGUUGCCUCUCACCUCAACCUGAGCUCAGCUGACGGGUUUGGCCUCUACCUGAAAACACCGGACAAGGUCGUGAGCUUGGAUGAGGACAGAUAUUUCUUUGAUAGUUUGAGGCAGACGUCAGACCUCCCUAGGAAAUCAAAGAGAGUGAAAGAAGGUAUCCAGGUUAACAUUCCCUACCUGGUGUUAUUUAAGAGGAAGCUCUGGUUCAAUGUGAAUCCGGGGAAAGACGAGAUCGCAGACCUCUUCUUCCAUUUUCCGCAGGAGCUGCCUAAGUACCUGCGGGGAUACCACAUUUGCACAAAAGAGGACAUGACCACCCUGGGUGGGCUGCUGUUCAGAUGCAAAGUGGAUUCAGACAGGUCCCAGUUUGUCAUGAUCCCCAGGAUGCUGAAGGACCUGGUUCCUGAAGACCAGAUCAAAAUUAUGUCUUCUGAUGACUGGAAGAAGAACAUCAUCUCCGCCUACAACAAGCAGAGCGGGAUCACUGUGCACGAGGCCAAAAUUGCUUUCCUUACACACAUCUCCAGUUGGUCAACUUUCGGCUGUGCCUUCUUUGAAGUGAAACAAACGUGUGAAUCUAGCUACCCACAAAUUGUUUGGCUUGCCAUCAGCAAACAAGGCGUAAGCCUAAUAGACCCAAAGACCAAGGAGCUGCUGGUCAUGCACCCGUUCAGCCGCAUCACUGAGUACUACGGCGAAGGCAGAGUCUUCCAGAUGACCAUCGGCACCCUGGUGAGGGAAAACAACUUCAUCUGUGAAACAUUACAGGCUACCACAAUGGAGGACCUUCUCAGCUCAUACAUCAGCAUGUAUGAGAGGCAGAGACAAUCCUUCCGACCGAGGAACAGCCUCUUUUCUUGA